AAGAAAAGUUUAUCCUUAUCUUAUGAAGAUUUUUAUUGAAUCAUGUUUAGCAGCAAUGAUGAGAUCUACCUUUACUUCUCUAGGCCUCCAGAAUGACCUUGAUAAGAUCAAGAUUAAAUGCAAGGAUACUUAUAAAUUAGCACAGGAUAAUAUUGAUGACCUUAAAAACCAGCUGGAUGAUCUAUUUAAACAACUUGGAACAUCCACUAGUCCAGCCAAGGAUGUGUUAGACAUUUUUCAGAAGAUCAUUGACCUAAAGGAGCUGGAAGUUAAAGUAUACACUGAGAAAGACAGCACAAAGAUCACAAGGCUGGAAAAGCACCAGAAGGAUGUAGAAAAAGAUCUAGAGGAAAUGAAGACACAAUUAAAAAGAAAUGUUGACAUUUUCAAGCAUGCAGGAUCAGAGAUAGCUCAGGCUUUGGAAAGCAACAAGGCAACAUCAUCCCCUCUAACUGAUUUAAAGAACUACCUGGAAUUCAAGAUAAAACAACCAGGGGAACAAGGUGGCAUAUUAAACGAGGUGUUACAGAUUGUUGCAUUGCAAAUUAAAGCAAUGGAAAUAUUGGCACAUGAAUCUGAUAAAUAUACGACACAAGCACAGAUUGAAGGAACUACAUCCAGACUUGAGCACAAAAAUAGUGUCCUAUCAAAUCUAAAAGAGGAGAGGGAACAGGCAAGAGUAGGCAUAGAAAAAAUCAAUAAACAAAUCACAGCAACAGAGAAAGAAAUAAUGGACCUGAAUGCAAUAUUAUCAGCUCUUAAACAAACACUUGUCCAACUUAAUGGACAGACGAAAGAAUAUGAUAUGAAAAGUAAGGAAAUAAUGUCCAAAAUUGACAAAUUGAAGGGAAAAGAUGAGCUGAUUUCUAGAAUUCUUAGACUCCAGUUUGAAUUUAUAGAGGCAUUAACUACUGCAAAUGCACAAAUUAAAGCGCUUGAAUUUCAAAUAACUGAUCUCCAGAAACAACUUGAAAAGGAGCUGGAAAGGAGUUCUUAUCUGCAGGCGAACAACAGAUAUUUAAGCAUACAACUGGCUGACCGAAAAGAAGAAUGUGAAGACAUGAUGAACACCUACAUACACACAGAAGCUGAACUGAAGAAUCAAAUAAAUGAACUGUCAGGUUCAAACUCAAAGAAAGUUCUCCAGAUUAUUGUGCUGGGCUUUGAAAUAGACAAAAUAACGAAACAAAUUGAAGCAUCUUCAUCUAAUAAUGACUUAGAUUUGAAGCGAGCACUGGAUGACAAACUCAAGGACCUGAAGGUUAAAAAGGAGGAGCUUAAAAAAAGUGAUGCUAACUCUGAAAAAACUUUACAGGUAAUAUCACAAAUAGAGAACAUUUGGAAGCUACAGAGUGAUGAUCCUAAUAACUUAAAUCAAAUCAUGGAUCUGCAGAAGAAUUUGCUGGACUUGAUUACAAAAUUAAAUGACAAUAAUCCUGCAAAAUUGAUGCUAAAAUUCAUGGCCCUCCAAUCUGAUGUAACCUGGAUAAGGCAAAUGCUGAAAACUGUGUCCGACCAGGCUGAGCUGCAGAAAAUUGAGCUUCAAAAGAAACUAAGCAACAAGGAGGAUAUGUUGCGUGAAAAAAACAAAGAGCUGGCAGCUGCAACCAGUGACGUCAGUCAACUUCAGACAGAGAUUGCUGUUCUGAAGAAAGAAUUGUCAGCGCUGAAAAUGCAAAUAGACAAAGUUCAAGAGACUGCAAAACAGAACAUUAAAGAUCUUGAAGAACAACUAAAAAAAAGUAAUCAGGCAUUUAAUGACGCAACUAAAGAACUAAAUGAGAAGGAUGCCAAAAUAGCAUCACAACUUAUGAAGAUUAACAAUCUCAUAGACGAGAUUAGAGUCAUGAAACAGCAGAUCCAAGAAAACGAAGCGCUUGUAAAUGCCAGAAUAGCUCAACUUCAUGACAACCUCAUGAAGAAGGAGGAGGAAAAUGCCAAAAUUCGGGACGAGAACAGAAAGUUGAAGCAAGAUCUCAUAGAAACUUCAAAAUGCACUGAACUCCAGCAGAAAUAUGAUAACAUGAAGGCUGAAUAUAACAAUACAGUUUCUAAACUGAGCAGUAACAUCCUUCAGAAAGUUUUUAUCAUUAAAACUCUAAUUGAUGAAGUGGAGGCCCUGGACAAGCAAAUUUCAACAGGAGAAUCAAAUAGUGAAGAACUAAGGAAAGAACUAGAAAAAAAGAAACAAGAACUGGAGGAGGCAAACAAGAAAUUGAAAGCUGAGGGAUCAGUUUCAGCCAAAAUUCUGGAUGUAUUUAAAUUGCUAACUGAGAUAUGGAAACUACAAGAUGAUCCAACGGAAAAGAAUUUAGCAAAGAUUCUCAUACUGGAAGUAGAAUUGAAUAAUUUAUUGACUGAGCUGAAAAACUCUGGAGAGCAGGGACUUGAACUAACCUUGAAGAUGAUCUCUAUAAAGGAAUCAAUGGCCAGACUAAAAAAAGCACAAGUGAAAAUGCAAGAGGAAUACGCUUUAGAAAUCAAUGGUCUAAAGAAGGAAAUAGGGAAGAAGCAAAAUGAGAUUUUGGUUUUGAAGGCUAACUGUGAACAGUCAGCUCAGCUGCAGGAAAAGAUAAAACAACUAGAGAAGGAGGCUAUAGAAAUCAAACAAAAAUUGACAAAGCUGCAACAAGAAUCAGACAGUACGAUUGAAUCUCUAGAGAAACAGCUUAAACUGAAGAACAAGCAACUUGCUAACACUCAAGAUGAACUGCAGGAGACAAAUGCUGAAAAUGCUGCCUUGAUCAAGAAGCUGAAUGAUCUAAGUGAUGACCUUAAAAAAAUAACAGAGGAGAAAAAUCAGUCACUAAACAAAGCACAGGAAAAAAUCUCUGAACUAGAGACACAACUGAAAACAAAGGACCAGCAACUUGUCAACAAGGAAGCACAACUAAAGGAGAAAAAUGAUGAAAAUAAUGCCUUGAUCAACAAGCAGAAUAAACUGAACGAAGACCUGAAGAAAAUCACAGAGGAGAAAAAUAAUUUGCAGGAGAAAACACAGAAAGAAAUCUCCGACUUAAAGGAGAAGUUUGAAAAACAAAAACAAGAGCUUGCGAACCAGGACCGCAAACUCAAGGAGAAGGAUGAAGCCAUUUCUGCAUUGGAAAAAGAAAGUGAUAAGACAAAGGCUGAGCUUGAAAAAGAGAAAAAUAAAUACAAAGAUGUAAUCAAUGAGAAUAAGAAACUUGAUCAACAAGUGAAAGAAGCUACUGAAAAGGUGAAGAUUCUUGAAGAACAAAUAAAACAAAUAAAUGAAACUCCCAAGACUGAUUGGCCCAGGCUAGACCAAAACACAGCACACCGCAGACUCAUCCUGUCUCAAGAUGAUAGAGAGGCACGAACCUCUGUACUUCCUCAGAAUGUACCCAACAACCCUGAGCGGUAUGACAUAGCCAUUGCAGCUCUGGGAAAAAAUGGAUAUGACUCUGGAAAGCAGUACUGGGAAAUAAGGGUGGCUGGAAGAAACUGUUAUGUUGUGGGAGUGGCCAAAGAAUCAGCUCAAAGAAAGGGCAUUCUAACAUAUGGCCCUCGAGCUGGGUAUUGGGUUCUUCUCAGGAGAAGAGAUGGACAACAUAUUGCUAUUGCUGAUAAUCCAGUUGUACUUAAUUUACCGGAUACAUCUGUUAUUGGGGUCUUGGUGGAUUUUAACAGGAAAGUGAUAACCUUUUAUGAUGCGGAAAGGAGGCAGGUAAUCUAUAAGUUCAGUGGUAAUGAGUUUCAGGGAAAACUCCAUCCAUUUAUUGAGACGUGCAGUGACUCUAAUAUUAAUGACCCUCCUUUGAUCUUUAAAGAAGUCCAAUCCACCAAGUGGCUCCAGGAAUGAUUUCCAUGUAUUAAGAGUCUGUUGUUGUAAUAUGCAAAACAAACAAAAAAAGGGGACAAAAUUAUCUUCUUUGAUAAUUGGCUUGAGUGACUACUCCUCAUUGUAUGCUUGAAUGUCUUUGACUCUUUUAUUUUAAUAAAGCAGCCAUAUUUGAUUAACAUCAA